AUGGAUCAACAUGACGACUUCGACAAUGUUUCCUGGAAGCACGAUCCAGAGAGCGAUAUCUCACGACCUACAACCGCAGGCACUGAUGCUGAACAAUCCCAUGAACACGAACAUGACUCCCAUGGCAAGCGGAGAAUGAGCUCUACUCAUGAAGAAUCCCAGGCCGGCCCGCUGGCCGAUGCCGUCGACCUGGCGGGUAUCGGAGAUGGAGUUCUGGAGUGCCAGGUAGACUCUCCACUAAAAGAGAACGACGGAACAAAAGACGCCUACAUUUCAUAUCUUAUCACCACACACACGGAUUUCAAAUCCUUCCAAAGACCCGAAUUUACUGUUCGCAGGCGAUUCACCGACUUCUACUUCUUAUACAAAACUCUCUACCGUGAAUAUCCAGCAUGCGCGGUCCCGCCCCUCCCGGACAAGCACAAGAUGGAGUACGUGCGCGGAGACCGAUUCGGACCUGAGUUCACUUCGCGACGAGCUUGGUCGCUGCAUCGAUUUUUGAAACGCCUCACCCUGCACCCCGUGCUGCGACGGGCGCCGCUUCUCACGAUCUUCUUGGAGUCAGCUGACUGGAAUGCUCACAUGCGUCUCCAUGCUACACGAGGCACGACGAAUGCUGGGUCGGAUGGUGCCGCCACUGGGAUCUUUGAUAACUUUACCGAUACUUUCGUCAACGCCUUUUCCAAAGUGCACAAGCCUGAUCGGCGAUUUAUCGAGGUGCGCGAGAAGGCUGAUAAGCUAGAUGAAGAUCUAUCACAUGUGGAGAAGACAGUUGCGCGCGUUGCACGCCGUGAAUCGGACCUGGAGACGGAUUAUUCGGAGCUGGCAAUGCAGUUCCGCAAGCUUGUUCCAUUAGAGCCAGCCGUCGAGGCACCGCUUCAGAUGUUUGCCGCUUCUGUGGAAGAGACUGCGCUCGGAAUGCGCGGACUGAAGGAACAUACCGAUCAGAACUAUCUUGGCUCGUUGCGUGACACAGAAGCAUACAUCUUGUCACUCAAAUCUCUGCUCAAGACUCGCGAGCAGAAGCAACUCGACUUUGAGGCUUUGGUCGAAUAUCGUAAUAAAGCUGUCACCGAGCGUGACUCGCUGGCUGCGAACCCAGCUGCCUACUAUGCCUCUAACCCGCUCACCUCUUCUCCUGCCUCCUUCAUCCGCUCCAAAAUGGAAGACAUGCGUGGUGUCGACCACGAACAAUCUCGCCGGGAACGUGUCCGGAAACUCGAGCUUCGCAUUGAUGAAUUGACCCGCGAGGUUGAGUCUGCCAAGACCACGUCCGAAAUGUUUGAUGAAGAGGUUGUUCGUGAAGUGGCUGACUUUGAACGCAUCAAAGCGGUCGAGUUCCGCGAUAGCCUUGGUUCAUUUGCCGAUUCGCACAUUGAGUUCUAUCAGAAUGUGCUCUCUACAUGGGAGAGAUUUGUAGCUGAAAUGGAGGAUACAGAAUCCAGCCGAGAGGAAGAUUCGGCCGCUAUUGGGGCUGUUUAA